AUGCAUCAUCUCCCAGUGUUGGACUCCGGUGUGGCCGUGAUCAGCAAGCGAUGCGAUGAUGAUGCGGCGUCACCAACCACGGAGACGAUCAGUGGCGAUAAGGCCGAAGUGGCGGUGGAACUUGCUCGUGUGCUGGUGUCGUCCGUGGCUGCAUGUGUGGGAGGUGUGUCAGGAUUCGGUUGGACAUUGAACCACGACCAGCUGCUAUCAGUGCUGGGCAGCCACGUGGCAUUAUGUGGCGUUCCGGAUUGUGCGAUGAUCGCCCAUGCCUGCAGACGGUGCGCCACCAUGAACAUUCAGCAGUGCGUGAGCUGCCUGACGCUAGCCUCUGAAGCUGUGGAGGAGAUGGCCGUGCAGCGCAUCUCCCAUCUGCUUGGUAGUCGGCAUACCGUGUUGGACAUCACACCAGUGCUGUCCAUGCUGUGCGACGUGGCAGUGUCCAUCGCCUCCGAUAGUGGCGCUGCGCAUGUGCCGUUGUUGAUCAACCCCCGUCGAGAAGACGCCACGUCAACUGUAACAGAGCCACCUGUGUUGAACUGCAACGGGGCAGCGAGUAAAUUGCGCCACGCCACCGCCCAUAAACUGCACCGCGCACUAUCAUUGGCGGACCGUCACUUGGUAGUACUGGACGACGCGUCUGUGCUGAAACGCCGCAUGCAGAAGCAGAUCCAGCGUAUGGUGCGGUGUAGCCGUCGUACUACGAGUGGCCAGCGUGUCGACCCGACUCUAGAGGCACCGGUCAUCGCUGCUCAGAGUGCCGUUCUGCGUUACGUCGCCCGCUUCGGAGAGAGCGACAUCCACAGAAAGGGAAGACUACACUCAGCUCUAUUAAAUGUUGGUCAUGGCUGA